UGUCCAAAAAAUUUAAUUACUAUAUAAAGCUUUUUCUUGCUGACACAAUGUGAAUGUAUUACAUUAAAUACGUGAAGAGAUAUUUCAAUCGAUUUGUUAUAAUAAUUAAACCUAGUUCUCUUACAUAUUACGCAAUACUUUUGAGAUAGGAUUAGUAAAAUUGCUUCGUAAGGCAAUCGCCCAGUUAAUGUUCAAAAAAUGUCAGACCCACCAAAAAUUUUGGUAAAGAAAAUUCCAAUUAUAUUAAGGAAAAAGUCAUUUUCCUAUAGAAAUUCAGCGACUGACGAGUUCUUAGUACCCUUCAAGUCGAACAACAAAAUAUACGUCGAGGAUAUCAUAUAUAAAGCCGAAGAAAAAGAUGUGUUGAACGGAGAAUACCCCAAUUUAACAAUCGUGAAUAAGUACUUAAAUAACUUUUUUAAUUCUACUAGAACAGUCGCUACCUAUACUAUUGACGAUAAGAUUAUACAACUAAAUUCCGACGAAGUAACCAAAGUUAUCGGUAACGAAAACUACGACGUGAUUUUGAAAGCGCUGUGUGGGAUUAGCGAGACCAAACUGAAAGUGCAAGCAAUUUUAUCGCUCUUAACGAUUAGUAAGAGACGCGGCACCGCCGAAAAAUGUUGUCAGACGAUCGUGACCGACAUGGAGUAUUUCAUUCGCGACAAGAGUCGUAGGAAACGCCCGAGCCGGUGUAAAGCGUACGUUAUUGAUGAUGAUCAUGGGAAUAUUUCUCCCCAGACGAUCGCCAGGACGUCCGCGCUUCGCCCAUCCAAAACGCCCAUCCCGAAAACCUCAGUACGCAAAGAUAAUACGGAGAACUUGUUGGACUUAAAGUUAAUUGUAGAUGAGGAUAGCAACAUAUCUGAUGCAAGCGUUGGCAAUAUAUCAAUGAUAAGUUGUCAAAUACCGAAUAUUUUGGAGAAUCCAAAGUUCAUACUGGAAAAUAUCGAUAAAUACACACAAGAGAGUGUGAAAAAUGAAACUCGUAGCAUACUCAAGUUGGUUGACGGUAGUACAGUGAUGUUGCAAGCCAAGCCUGAGGAUAUUUUCCAUAUUGCGACUGCAAAUACGUUGAGAGAUUUGUCGGUGGAAGAUAAAAAGCGAGUAUUAUUGCACCAAGCCUAUAUAGAUUGGAAAUUUUGCUUGCUACCGGACCAAGAAGGUAAUUUGCCUAUCCACAUAGCUGUAAUGAACGAUGAUAUUGAGUUGCUAAAAAGGCAUUGCGCUUUGUUGAAAAGUCGAAAUGCGUCCCUUGACAUCAUAGGUGGAGCAUCAGUGACGCCCCUCCAAUUAUCCGUAUUGAAAGAUGCGCCCGAAUGCACCAGAUUGCUUCUACAAUAUGGUGCGGAUGUGUUAUUGAGAGACGAAAGAGCUAGCUCACUGUUGCAUCUUGCCGCUGAAACGAGUGACCAAUGUAUUGAUGUUAUAUUGGAGUAUUGUAAAGAGAAUGCUAGGAAGAUUCUCCAAGAUGAAGAGGAAUUGUGGAGACCAGAAUUGGAGGAGAAAUCCGAUGACGAGCUCGCUUCGUAUUUGUUGGAUAGGAUGGGAGAAAUGUGUAAUGAUGCCGGCUACACGCCGCUGAUGGCAGCGAGCGCGCGCGGGCGGCUGGCGGGCGUGCGCGCGCUGGCGGGCGCCGCGCCGCGCGCCGCCAACGCGCGCAUGGCCACGUGCGGCGACACCGCGCUCUACCUCGCCGUGCGCGCCGCCUUCGCGCACGCAGAGCAGUCCGGCAACAGAAAUAAAAUAGCGCAAAACUAUUUGGAUAUUAUAGAAACACUGCACGAGUAUGGCGCCGAUCCGCUGAUACCGAACGAUUCGGGUAACAGUGUGGCAACACUCACAGCUGACUUCAAAAUAAGCGAUCUCUCACAAGCAAUAGCAAAUAAAUUGUUAAUGGGGACAAAUGUUAAGAAAAGUUUCGAAGACUACAUCCUGGUCAAGGACACACAGGGUGAAAUUAAUGUAGAAUCUAUCAACACGAAAAAAAGAAAGAAAAGGGGGGGUGGAAAGAGUGUAGGCGGUGACAAUGAACCUAACAACGACCCAACUGUGGUUUCAGGAAAUAAAACAAACUCGAAAAAAGUUAUUUAUUUCAAUGUGCCUUCUAAAGGGAAGAAGAAAAAAGGAAUGGAGAAAAAUAUUCAAGAUGAAAUUGUGGCAGAAUCUGUGAACGAACUGAAAAGUAGUGGCAAGGUGAUAAAAGCUGAGGUGAAACAAGAAAAAAUUGUGGUAGAUAAUACGCCUGUCAUAAUUGCAAAUUCAAAUGUGUUGCCAGUGAAAAUAACGCCCGUUGAUGUUGUUUCAAAACCCACGGAUAAUGUUACAAUUAAAAAUGUUAAAGCCAUAACACAAAGUAGAAGUUUAGAUAAAAAAGAAAUGCCGUUAAAAAUUAACUUGACAGAUUCUAAAAUUUUAUCAGGCAUAAAUAAAGUUGUAGAUAAUAAAAAUAUUUGUACAAAAACUCCUGUUAUUAUUAAAAAAAGUAAUCAAAUAAUUAAUACAGGUGUAGUUAAAUUCAACAUAAAAGAUAGUAUAAAAGUGACAACUGUGAAUAAAUUAAAUUCUAAUGUAAUAAAUACUAUUAAAAUAAAUCCUUCGGAGGUUUUUAAAUUUAAAGAUGGCGGUCCUUCGGAUAGUUCGAAGCCGCGUUUCAUAAAAAUAAUUGCACCAUCUACGAACAAAAUUAACAAUUUAGUGACUAAGGACGUAAAUUCUAUUUCGAAUUCAAAUAUUUCUUCCGUAAGCAAAAUUGUUUACACUGACGUCGAAAGUGGCGGGAAAGUUGCCACAGAUAAUGUUAAGAUUAUAGAUAACAAACGAAUGAUUGAUACAGAUAACAUAGAAAAUGCGAGCAUAAUCAAGCAUAAUUUGAAAAGGUCUGGUAGUGACAUUAUUUUACAAUUGAAGAAAAAACGUGAUUGAAUUGAACUUGUUUCGAUUUUUUAUAAACAAACCAGGUGUUAUUAAAACUAUAUGAAUUUUAGAAAAAUUUUUUAUUAGCAAACACUUGGUUCCUUAAAAAAAAAAAAGGUAUUCCCGGGAGGUAUUUGCAUGAAAUAAUAAAUUAAUUAAUUUUUUGUAUAUGCUAACCUAUUCAUGAAAAAGAAAGAUUAAUGAGAUAAAAAUUAAUGUAUCUGAGUAAACAGUUAAAGUAAUAAAGAUAUCGUCACUGCCUAUACGUUUAUAAACAAUAAUUUUAAAUUAGUGAUAAUUUGUGGAGUAUUUCUACAUUGGUGCCUGUGUGAUACAAUAUAGUACUAGCUGUGCGCCCUGGCUGCGUCCGGGUUCCAUUUAUUGUGUUUAAAUUAUGCCUUUUAUCUGAAGAGAGAUACCAACAAACUGAAAAUUAUCAAAAAAAGUUAACUCAAGGACUUAUAAGUGGUUUAAGUAUCACAACUUUCAUUGAUAUUAAUCUGUAUUAUAUAUACGUAUAAAUAUCGAUGGUAAUUGAGAUAUACUUGCUGUAGCCCGCGGUUUCUCCCGUCAACUUUCAACUAAAAAUAGAAAGGUCAAUGAGCUUUAUUUGUCAAUUUCGUGUCCAAUGUCAUUUGAAAAUUACAAUUUACUCAAAAAUCUUUUCUCUUUUACUUGACACUGGCAAAUACCUAAAAUCUUAUUACCAUAAGAGAGAAAUGAUUUAUCCAGCAUCCUUUUACCAUAAUUAAAUUUAAAUACAAACGUCAUCUCUCAACUUUGAAUAUUAUUCCGUUUGAAUGGACACCUGCGGAACACAAUAUGGCGCAGAAUCGAUCCUAUUUUUAGUUGCAUCUCUAUGCAUUCCUUAAUAGUACGACUUUUAAACACAUUUUUUAAUACGAACCACUGUAGUUCCUGAGAUUAGCGCGUUCCAAUAAACAAAUUCUUCAGGUUUAUAUUAUU